AUGAUGGAGAUCGAUUUCAUCAUUAGCAUAGGAUUUUUCAUCCGUGAUCUUCAUAAACAUAUUGUCAAGUCUCAUAAGGAACAAUAUGUUGAGCAAGUACAUACGAAACCGUUCACUGUUUAUCGUGGUCAAGGAAUGUCGAAGGCUGCCUUUGAUCAAAUGCAAAAGACACAGGGUGAACUUUUACCAUUUAAUAAUUUUUUAUCGACUAGUAUGCAUAGUCAAGUAUCUCUCAACUUUGCUCGUGAAACUAUGGAAUCGUCCGAUCUUAUUGGUAUUUUAUUCGUCAUGAAAAUUGAUCCAUCUAUCUCCUUAACACCAUUUGCUGACACCCGUAAUGUGAGUUAUUUCGAAGGAGAAGAAGAAAUUCUCUUCGCCAUGCAUUCAAUUUUUCGAAUUGGGUCAAUGAAACAAAUAAAUGGGAAUAAUCGUCUUUGGCAGAUCGAUUUAAUAUUGUACCAGUGA